CCCCGCCCCCAGGGCUGGAGGAGCGCGCGGCAUCUGGCGGCCCGGGGCGACACCCGGCCGGGAUCCGGGGGGAUGGCGGCGGCCCAGGGUCCCAAGCGGGCCGCGCGAGCCGGCAGGGAGAAGAGCCCAUCGGAGAGGCCGGUGUAUAUGGACUACAAUGCCACCACCCCCCCGGAGCCCGCCGUGUGCCAGGCUGUCACCGAGGCCCUGCAGGACGCCUGGGGUAACCCCAGUAGCCCCUACCCGGCAGGUCGCAAGGCCAAGGAGCUGAUCCAACGCGCCCGGGAAAGCCUGGCCAGGAUGAUCGGGGCCCAGCCGGGAGACAUCGUCUUCACGUCGGGGGGCACCGAGUCCAAUAAUUUGGUGAUCCACUCAGUGGUGAAGCAGUUCCGCCAGGCCCGCGCCUCCCAGGGUGCCCCGGGCGAGCCCCCCGUACCGCACUUCAUCACCAGCUCCGUGGAGCACGACUCUGUCCGCCUGCCACUGGAGCAGCUGGUGCAGGAGGGCCUGGCCGAGGUCACCUUCGUCCCAGUGUCCACGCAGACGGGGCAGAUCCAGGCUGAGGACGUGGUAGCCGCCACCCGGGCCUCCACCUGCCUGGUGACCAUCAUGCUGGCCAACAACGAGACCGGCGUGGUCAUGCCUGUGGCCGAGAUCAGCCGCCGGGUGUGGGCUCUGAACCGGCAGCGGACGGAGGCGGGGCUGCCCCCUGUGCUGGUGCACACGGACGCCGCCCAGGCUCUGGGCAAGAGGCGCGUGGAUGUGCGGGAGCUGGCCGUGGACUUCCUCACCAUCGUGGGCCACAAGUUCUACGGGCCUCGAGUCGGAGCGCUGUUCGUGCGGGCCCCCGGCGACCUCACACCCCUGCACCCAGCGCUGUUUGGAGGAGGGCAGGAGCGGAGCUUCAGGCCUGGGACAGAGAACACCGCCAUGAUCGCCGGCCUCGGGAAGGCUGCAGAGCUGGUGACCGAGAACCUGGAGGCUUACGAGGUCCACAUGCAGGGCGUCCGGGACUACCUGGAGGAGAGGCUGCUGGUGAGCACCCACCGCACCCACGGGCACCUG